CUUCCUACGAGCAGUUCUCGUACCUCUACAGCAUCACCAAGUCGAAGAGUGCCGACCAUGGUGGCUGGGUUCAGGCGAACUGCCUGAAGGCUUCCGAGCGGGGUCAUUUCAUCAGCUCGGUGCCAACUUCCCAGAAGUCGUGGAGGAAUCGGCGGGUGCUACUCUCCGGCGAUUGGGAAUCGCCAUCGGGAGUGUCUCCGCGGUUCCCGGUGCCCACGACGUUCCAAACAACCGGUAGGUUCCCGAGUUACCGAUCGGUAGGCUUUUAGGAUUGUAAUUCUUUCCUUAUUAUUCUUUUACUAAUCCUUUCUUUGACAGGGAAACUCAAGCAGCCGACUCCGGCCCAAGGUGAGAUUCGGCAGAUCGAAAGGGUGAGGCUAAAGGUUUCUGCCGCCGAACGAGUCUACCCGCGGUUCCUCUUCACCAGCAAUCUGAUCAAAGCCGGACUUGUCGACCCUGCCGAGAUGACGGACGCAAGGAAGGCUGCCGAGGCCAAGAAAAUGAAUGAGUCCUCCAGAAGGCGCCUCCUAAUGGGGCUGGAGAAGAAGAAAAGGCAGCCCGCGACAGCUCCGGUUCGGCAGGCACUUGAUCCCGAGGACGUGACCCUCAGGGAGCGCCUCCAACAGCUGGGCGCCGAGCCAGUGGCGUGGCCAACUGCCGAUGCUCAUGCACCGAGGCAGUCAGGUGCCGAAGCCACUGCCUCAAGAGCAGCCGGGAAACGGCCGGUGACGGUGGACUUGGAAGCUUCGCCCGCUUCCAAACGGAGCCGCCCGUCGGAGGCUUCUAGGGCCGUCUUUGCGGCGGAGGACGAGGACGGGCCUACCGAGGCUGUCACCAUCGCCUGCCCUUCGAAGACGGUGCAGUUCGUCAACCAUAUGAUCCUCGGAUCACAAAUGGAACUACCGAAAGUUGACGAACUGCCGAAGAAACUUCUUCGGGAGCAAGCGGGACGCGCCUUCCGACUGCAGGCAGCGGCGUCCAUGGAGAUGUGGCUCUGCGUCAAGCGAGCCAUCUCCGCUGCCGAACGGCGAAGAAGGCCUAUGACGACGGCAGGGCUAAAGUCGCCGAAGCGGGCAAAGCUAUCCAGGACCACGCCCAUCUUUUGAAGGAGAAAGAGGCUGCCGAACGGCGUGCUCUCGCUGCGGAGGCGAUGGUGGGCGAGAUGCGGACGGCUCUGGAGGCAGCGCGGGCGGCAGCGCGUGAUGCCGAGGCCGUUUCGGAGGCGGUUCAGGAUGCCAUGCAGGAGUCCGAGCGGACCAAGGCUGCGGAAGUUGAGGCUGCCGUUCAAGCGGCAAUCCAGGGAUACCGUUCUUCCGAGGAGUUCACUACCCUACUGGACGGGGAAGUUGGCUCCGAGAUGGCGGACAUGUUGUACCGAUUCAAACGGUACAACCCUGGCCAGAAGCUGAACCUCAACUUCGCUGCCGAUCCUCCUCCCCUUCCAGAGGGAAUUACAGAAGAGAUGAUCGAGGACUACGAAGGGGAGGAUGCCGCCGGGGGCUCCGGUAUUGCCGAGGCCGCUGCUGGGGACGAAGCCGCCGCCUGAAGGCGUUUUUAUCGUUGUACUUAGUUAGCACUUGUUUUUAUUUAUAUUCUGAAC